UAUGAAGAUGGAGAUGUUGUUAUUGGGGGAUUAUUUCCUCUACAUUACAGCCCUGUAUCCUCUCUUUUGACAUAUAAGACUAAACCAGCAGCUACUAAAUAUACUUAUUCUCGUGCCUUGCGCUGGAUACAGACCAUGACUUUUGCAAUCAAAGAGAUCAACCAGCGCAGGGAUCUUCUUCCAAACCUCAAGUUAGGUUUCCACAUCUGUGACAGCUGUGAUGACAUACCUGUCUCUUUGAAAGCAUCUUUUCUAUUGGUGAAUGGCCAGCCAGAGAGAAGCCUCAGAAAUGAGAGUGGGAUGGGAGGCCCAAGCCAAGAAAAAAGUAAUGUCUUAAGCUGUGCUUCAGUAAACAGGACUGUGUCCCCUGUAAUUAUAGGAGAUGCUGGAUCUGGGGUGUCCAUGGCUCUGCUUCGCAGUCUGGGUUCUUUUCAUAUCCCCCUGGUGAGCUAUUUUGCAUCCUGCAGCUGCCUGAGUGACCAAAAGCAGUUUCCCACUUUCAUGCGCACCAUGCCCAGUGACACCUUUCAGAUCAGAGCCUUGGCUCGCCUUGUUAGUUACUUUGGCUGGACUUGGGUGGGAGUCAUUGGCGUGGAAUCUGAUUAUGCUCGCUUUGCCAUCCAGCUUUUCCUACAGGAGUCAGUGCAAUAUGGUGUGUGUACUGCCUACACACAUUUCUACCCUGUAGAGCUCAGCCAGGAGGCUCUUGAUAAACUUCUUAAUGUUAUUCAGAUGUCAUCGUCAAAGGUAAUCAUUAAUUUCUCUGGCGAGUCAGAGAUGCGAGGUAUUCUGAAAGCAAUGCAACGUCAAAAUAUAACUGGUUUUCAAUGGAUUGCCAGUGAGGCCUGGGCUACUGCCAAGUCACUUUGGGAAGAAUCCAGAGAUCUCCUAAUGGGAACACUAGGAUUUGCUAUCCAGAGAGCUGCUUUGAUUCCAGGACUUCAACAACAUCUUAUUAAUCUCACACCAUUGGCUAUUCAGAAAUCAGCUUUCUUGACAGAAUUUUGGGAAGAAACAUUUAACUGUCGGCUAAACAGUUCAGUGAGCAGCACUUAUUAUACGGUGGAAAGCUCCCAUGACAGACUGCCAUGUAAAGGGACAGAGGAUUUAAAUGAUGUUUACUCUCCUUAUUCUGAUGUUACUCAACUGAGAGUAUCCUAUAACAUAUACAAGGCUGUAUAUCUGGUGGCACAUGCCUUGCAAGAUAUGACUAGUUGCAAAGAUGGAGAGGGGCCUUUUCUGAAUGGUACCUGUGGAAACCCAAAGAAUACCAAACCUUGGCAGCUCAGUUAUUACAUGAAGCGUGCUAAUUUUUCAGCACUUGGGGAGAAAGUCAACUUUGACAAAAAUGGUGACCCCAUUGCUUAUUAUGAUCUCAUGAACUGGCAGAGGAAGCCUGAUGGCUCUCUAAAUUUGGUAAAAGUUGGUUUCUACGAUGCCUCAUUGCCCACUGGACACAGCCUGGUCAUCAAUGACUCAAUGAUCCAAUGGCCUAUAGGGAAACAGGCUGUCCAGUCUGUUUGCAGCAAAAAUUGUCCUCCAGGUUCUCGCAUUGCCAGAAGAAAGGGGGAACCCAUCUGCUGUUAUGACUGUGUCCCCUGUGCUGAAGGAGAAAUCAGCAAUGGAACUGAUUCUUUAGAGUGCUUACGUUGUUCAGAGGAAACAUGGCCCGAUAAACUCAAAAAUCUCUGUAUCCCAAAGACCAUAGAGUAUCUGUCUUACUAUGAGUUCAUGGGUAUUCUGCUAUGCGUUGCCUCUGGCUUAGGAGCUUGCACUUCACUUCUCAUCUUUGGAAUAUUCUUCACCUAUAAAGACACACCUCUAGUCCGGGCUAACAACAUGGAAUUGAGCUUCCUACUUUUGGUGUUUCUUGCCAUCUGUUUCCUUAUCAGUUUGCUGUUCAUUGGCAAGCCCUCAGACUGGCUCUGCCGUAUCAGGUACCCAGCAUUCGGGAUUAGUUUUGCCCUCUGCAUUUCAUGCCUCCUGGCCAAGACAGCAGUGGUCCUGAUAGCUUUUAGGUCCAGGCUACCAGGAAGUAGAGCCAUGAAAUGGUUUGGACCCAAACAACAAAGAGCCAGCGUACUUUUAGGAACAGCUGUUCAGGUAUUAAUCUGCCUUAUUUGGCUGUCAACUAGUCCACCUUAUGCCAGUAAUACCACAAAUUACCUCAGUGCAACAGUCAUCAUUCAGUGUGUUACUGGCUCAGAAGUUGGGUUCUGGUCUGUUCUGGGAUAUAUCGGUAUCCUGGCUUGCAUGUGCCUCAUAAUGGCAUUUUUGGCUCGGAAGCUGCCUGACAAUUAUAAUGAGGCAAAAUUCAUCACCUUCAGCAUACUGAUAUUCUUUGCAGUGUGGAUUACUUUUAUUCCAGUCUAUAUGAGCACAGCUGGAAAAUAUACUGUGGCUGUCCAUGUUUUUGCUAUUUUAGCCUCAACACUGGGACUUCUCUUUUGCAUUUUUGCUCCCAAAUGCUACAUCAUUUUGCUGAAACCAGAGAAAAACAACAAGAAAAAGUUAUUGCAAAGGUGA